AUUCAGGUGAAGACUCGAGAAGGUGUAUAGAUAUCGACGCCACGUGACGAGUGAAAAACUUUGAAUAAGAAAUGGAAAAUAAGAGCCAGGAAAUUGAGAAACCGCGUGAUACGGUGAUAUUGAUUCUAAAAGAGAAUCGAUUUGAAGUUGAGAAGCAAAAAUUAAUCGGCAAGAGUCAGUACUUUGCUGCUCUUUUAUCCGAAAAGUAUUCAGAAUAUCGUCAGACGGAACAUAUAAUUAAAUAUGACAAUAUUCUCCCAAUUUCAUUUCAAGAUUUUGUUGAUUGGAUUCACAAUAGCAAAAUUGAUAUCUUUACAACAAAUUGUUGGGAUAUUAGAAAAUGUGAUCGGCUCUCUAUCCUAAUAGAAUUAAGUAUUUUAUUUGCAGUAGAUGACCUAAUAAAAUAUUUAAUCUAUAAAAUAGAAAAAAAUUUACAUUUUAUGCCACCAAAAUAUGUAAUUAACUUGUGGUUGUUAUCACAAGAAUUGAAUCUAAAUAUCCUCCGAGAUGUUUCGUUGGCAUUUUGCUUAGAUCGUUUCGGUGAUCUACCAUUUAAAUCAAUUUAUGAGUUGUCGAAGGAGAAUUUUCUUAAAUUAAUUGGAAAUAUCAAUAUAACAUCUACGAAAUCUUAUUUGCUUAAAGUCACAAAGAAAUGGAUGGACCACCAUAAUGAUUUUACAAUUCCUUUAGAUAUCUUAAAGAAUAAGGAAACACAAAUAUUACACAGUAUUAUAUCUGGUGAAAGUAGCAAUUCUCAUAGAGAUAAAAAAUUUAUUCAUUGUUGGGAUGGUAAUAAUUUUUUUGAACUUACCUCAUUUAAAUUUCCCAAAGAUAUUGCUGGUCAUACAUAUCCAUUACAAAGGAUGUCGAUUAUUGGAAGAAGGUACAAUGUUUACCUGUGUGGUGGAGAAUUUGGAUUUCACACAGGUAUAUUUAACAAAGAUGUGUGGCGUUACUCCUUGAUAUCUAAAAAUUGGUUUCUUGAGACUGUUAUGCCAACUGUAAGAACCGAUAUGAUUGCUGCGUUUAUGAAAAACAAAUUAAUUCUUGUGGGCGGUCUUGGAGACAAAUUUGAAACCAAAUCCAGUGUUGAUAUCUACGAUAUCUAUACAGGCUUGUGGACAUCAGGUGCAAAGAUACCUUGCAAAAUGCGCCAUGUUUCUAAUUAUUCCGUUUUGGAUGAAAAAUUAAUCUUAUGUGCAGGAAACGCAACGGCAAAAUGUUCUCCUGAACAUAUUCCUGAAACACUAAGAAGUACAUUUACAAGUGAUUGUGAAUUCUUCAGUAAGUAAAA